AUUCACAAGCGUUUUCGCGCUACCUGUUAUGAAAUCUUCGACGGAUGAUACAAAAACACGUGUUCUUUAUACUUUAGCCGAUAAAGUUCAAGUUAUUUCAAUCAAUUUAACAAGCGUUAGAUAGGGAAAGUAGUGAAGCAGGAGAGCGGCCAUUUUAUGUUAGUAUGACGUAGAGGCUGGGUGUAGCUUCGCGUUCAACCGUCCGUGUUCUUUGGAAAAGGCGAGAAAAUCUGAAUUCUGAUGCUGGGGUCGAGGUAAAUGCACGCACCACGCACUGAACGUGUGAACCGUAAAUUAAGCCCAACGAAAGUAAGGAAAUUAGUUAAAUAAAGAAGUACAAAGGUCCUGAAAGAGCGAGCAUGAGCGAAGAAAGCAAUCCACGAACGCUCUAUGUGGGAAAUCUAGACUCUUCGGUGUCGGAGGAACUGUUGUGCGCACUUUUUUCACAAAUAGGUGCCGUUAAAGGAUGCAAGAUUAUACGAGAACCAGGAAACGAUCCAUAUGCUUUUGUCGAAUUUACAAAUCAUCAAUGCGCGGCUACGGCGUUAGCCGCCAUGAACAAGCGAUCUUUCCUGAAUAAGGAAAUGAAGGUUAACUGGGCAACGAGCCCUGGAAAUCAGCCGAAGUUGGAUACGAGUAAUCAUCAUCACAUAUUCGUUGGUGAUCUUUCACCGGAAAUUGAAACACAAACAUUGAAAGAAGCAUUCGCGCCUUUUGGCGAAAUUAGCAAUUGUAGAAUUGUUCGCGACCCACAAACCAUGAAAAGUAAAGGAUAUGCCUUUGUAUCAUUUGUCAAAAAGUCUGAAGCUGAAGCAGCGAUAGCAGCAAUGAAUGGUCAGUGGCUUGGAUCCAGAAGCAUCAGGACAAAUUGGUCGACUAGGAAACCGCCACCACCAAGAUCUGAAAGGCCACGGCAUUCAAAUAAUAGUAAACCUAACUACGAAGAGGUAUAUAACCAAAGUAGUCCAACCAAUUGCACAGUAUAUUGUGGAGGUUUUACAAAUGGCAUUACGGACGAACUGAUAAACAAAACAUUUUCUCCAUUUGGUACCAUACAAGAUAUAAGAGUAUUUAAAGACAAAGGAUAUGCGUUCAUUAAAUUUACUACUAAGGAAGCAGCAACACAUGCCAUAGAAUCAACACAUAAUACAGAAAUUAAUGGUAGCAUUGUAAAAUGUUUUUGGGGAAAAGAAAAUGGAGAUCCUAAUAGUGUGGGACCUAAUGCAAAUCACCAAGCUCAACAGGUUACAGCUGGAGCUGGUCAAUACGCAUAUGGAUAUGGUCAGCAAAUGGGUUAUUGGUAUCCACAAGGAUAUCCACAAAUGCAGGGUCAAUUUUUACAGCCUGCUCAGUACUAUGGUCAAUAUUAUGGACAACAGGCUCAAUAUAUGAAUAGUAUGCGAAUGCCCGCCCCUGGUGCAGGUACAUGGCAGCCUGCACAAGCGACCGCCGCACCACCGACCGCAACUGCACCAUUACCACCAGGUCAGCAACCUGCUAUGGUAGCAUACACCAUGCCACAAUACCCCACGCAAUGAAAUUGAUCAUUGAUUGACAUCAACUAAUUGUUACAUAUGAUACAUUUGCCCUUGGGGCGUUUGCAAAAAAUUGUUCUGUCAUAUACCUGUUCCAACAAAUUUAUCGGUAUUUUGACUGCAUUAUCAUAUGUACAAAUAUCCUAAUUUUUACUUCAAUCGAAGUAUUACAUUGUAAAGAAAAAAAAACAAAAAACGAAACUUCUAAAUUUUGGUUGUCCCAAUAUUGACUGAUAUAAAUAAUCUCAUGAAGAACUGUUCCAUCAAAAGUUCAAUGUGAUAUAUAUAUAAACAUAUAUACACAUACAUAAGUACAUGUAUAUUUCCUUUGUACGUUUCCCUUGCCAAACAAUAGAAACGUAUAUCAUUUUAACAAAUGCAAGUUUAUCUUGCAGUGCUCAUUGAAAAAAGAAAAAUAUAUCAUAGCAGUCAAUCCAUCAGUGUAUAAUAUAUAAUUUUUCCAAAAGUUCGUAUUCAAAGUGUUGAAUGAGGUAUAUUUCUGAACUUGAGGUUGCAGCCCCUUAAACGAGCCCUGCAUCCGUUGUGCUGCGUAAGGUGUACGUAUGUAUGCGACCGUUGCGUUGUUAUAUUUUUAAUAUUUUUGCCACAAUUACCAAUUUUUAGUUUAUUUCAAAUCAUUAAUGAACAAGGAUAAAAAUGUUCAUUUAUGGUAAACACAGAGUAUGACAUUGAACAUAGUAUAAGAUAGAGAGUAUAGGUAGACAUGGCGCCUGUGAUGUAGCUAGAUUUGGAUGCAUGCUUUGACGUAUGCAGGGCCCUUAAUUAAAAUAAACUAUGCGAGUCGAUAAACGAGUUGUAAACUUUCCUCGUUUUGUGAUAUUUAUCGUCGGUGGUAAAUGUACAAAAAGAAAUUCUUACCAAGAAUUUUAAUGAAAAAAUAUUCCAGGAAAUAUGUCUAAAAUGACAUAUUUUUUAUUCAGAAUUUGACUUAAUUCAUUAUAUUGUGUUGUGUAGCUUCUAGUGACUCCUCUCCGUUUGUACAAAGAAAUAGUGAACCUUGGUGUAAUUAUUACAAUGUAAUUUAAGUAUAAUGAUAAUGAUAAUAAACACUUCCACUAAGAGUUGGAGUCACUACUAUUCUGCCUUUAAUUAAAACCUCAUAUAUUAAAAAAAAUAAUAAAAUUACGUUUCUUUUUAAUGUAAUACAAGAUAAUAGAAAUUUUUGUCUCAUAAUAAUCAGUAUAUCAAUUGACAAUCACACUUGAUAUUAUCUCAUGUUUUGAUAUUGUUACAAUUACUAUGUGGCACGAUAUUUGUAUCUUCGUGUCUUCCAGUUACUAUGCGAUAGAAGUUUAUUGCACGAAUUUAGUAGAAUUUUAUUCCUCGAUUUUUCAGUGUAACUAGCUUUAAUAUUUAUUUAUCUUUAAAAAUUUCAUUCUAUUCUGUUCUAAAUAUUUGUUGAAACUUAAUUUUUCAACAUAUGCCUAAUUAAAUUAAUGAAAUAAAGAAAAAAAAACAAAUUAGAGUGAUUAGAGUAAAUGAAAAUUUAUCGAUAUUUCGCUUCACCACCGACGAUAAAAAAGCCAUAAACCUUUCGAAACCAAUUUGUAUAAAGUCAGUACUAAAUGUAAUAACAGGAGAAACAUAAAGUCGAAUACAGCAAUGAUUAAUUGACUGCGAUAAGUGAUAUCGAACUGCAGAGCCAAUUAAAAGAAAAAAAAACUUGUCUAUGAAUGAAUAAUAAUCAGUGAACCGAUGGAAGACAUAAAAAAAAAUGUUAUAUAAAGAGUAAUUUAGGUACAGCAGGGUGUGGAACCCUCGAAAAUGCUUAGGAUAAUGUUAUCUUAUAAUAAAAACAAAUUGUCCUUUGAAUGAAAAAAAAAAAGGAAUAAAUAUUUAAAAUACACAA